AGGAAACCAAGGAGAUCGAAUAUUUUCUUGUUCAAGAAGCUUGUUGAUAGCUUUUAAUCUUCUCUGUGAAAAAAUGAUGCAAAGAAGAGUCCAGAACCUCGAUUUAUUUUCUUGUCAAAUAGACAAAGGUGACAACGAACUGGGGCUUUGUACUUGUAUCUUCUUUGAUCCAGCAGAUGAGGAUGGAAAGGAACCAGGGGUUUUUAUAACUGAAAUUAUUGAAGGAGGUGCAGUUCACAAACUUGGAUGUAUCCGUGUAUUUGACCAGAUUAUUAAAAUAGGUGACAUCAAUCUAAUUGGAUUGGAUGAAGCAGAAAUCAUCUCUACUUUUAAAAAAAUGGACGAUUCUCCUUUCCAGAUUGAAAUUGGCCGCGAACCACCUGAAGUGAAGUCAAAACUUAUCGAACUCCUCGAGUUGUCAGAGGAAAGGAAGAAAUAUUUUAUGGAUUCGCUCAUAGUACAGGAAAAAAUUAGAGAUAUCACUAUUGUGAGAGGACAAGCAAGUAUUUGUAGAAGUCCAAGAGUACCAUGGUACUGGAUGGCCAGUGACCUGAAAUUUGUUAUUGGGGCACUGAAAAUAUUAAUAGAAGAAGAUCAGGGAUGUAGAAAAAACAUCCAAGCUAUCUUUGAGCAGGCUAACAUUUUUCAAGACAAAUAUAAAGACAUGAACACAUACAAAGUGAAUAUGGAACAGAAACCUGAUGAAUCAAAUAAAGAAGGCACAUUUUUACCAUUGGCCCCAGAAGAAGAAUUAUUACUAGAACAAUUUAAAAUAAAACCUAAAGAGAUAAAAAAUGAAGAUUUAUCACCAGGGCAAUUAUUAGCCCAAGGGGAUUUCAAUUCAGGUGAGAAAAAUGAGGCCCGGAGAAGAUAUUCAGAUAGUUACCUUCCCAGCUGUGACUUCAUGGCUUCUGGCUCUAAAAUCAAGGCCAAAGGUAGGUUCUUCACUUUAUAAGAUGUCUAAGCCUUGGUCAGCAAUAGUAACCAAUGAAAGAUUGCCGUUGUCCCUUGCUAAUCCUAGUAAAAUAUUUGUGUACUGUUGUACUCAUUGAAUUAUUUAUUUUUCUUAGAGACUCCAAUAAAAAAAGAAAAAGAAGAAGAUGAAAUAGUAGUGGAGGAAGAGAUUAUUAGCACUGGAAAACCUACAGAUGGAAAGGCUAAAAAGAGAUUUUCCUGGUUCCGCAAUAUCAAAGAAUGCAAGCUGUGGAACUUCUUUCAUUUUAAAAAACAUGACAAACAAGUAAAGAAUGUGCACAAGUGGGAAGAAAUUGAUCAAGAGGUAUUGGAUGAUUACUGUCCUUAUUCUACUGAAGCCCCUAAAACAUUGCCAACAGAGUGGACAAAUAUUGAAGUUGGUAAUUGGUUAUGGAGCAUUGGAAUGGAGGAGUAUGUUGUAAAAUUUUAUUGUAAAGGAAUAAAUGGUGAAAAACUCCUUACACUGGACAAUCGCUCUCUAAAAGAAAUCGAAGUCAACAGGAAGAAAGACCGCCGGAAAAUACUUAAGGCUAUUAAGAAAGUUAGAGAUUUUUGGGAAAAAAAUCAUCAUUUCGUCUUACUAUAGAAAUUGAUGGAAAAAAGACACAGAAACUGAAAGAUAUGGCAAAAAUGGAAAAAGCAAUUACUUUUGUUAUAUUUACUUUUCAUCAUUUUACUUCUAUGUUACUUUUGUUAUAUGAACUUUUAAGGGAUUUUACUUCCAUGUUAUUUCUGUUAUUAUUAACUUUUAAUCAUUUCACUUCUAUGUUACUUUUGUUAUAUGAACUUUAAAGGGAUUUUACAUCCAUGUUACUUUUGUUAUAUGAACUUUUAAGGGAUUUUACUUCCAUGUUAUUUUUGUUAUUAUUAACUUUUAAUCAUUUCACUUUCAUGUUACAUAUGUUAUAUGAACCUUUAAGGGAUUUUACUU